CAACCCCCCUCACACAGUCCCUCACCCUCAGACUGGUAAGAUGCCGCGACUACCAUUCAUCGAUAUGGCCGGAGCAGCACCUGUAAAUGGUUUCAACAUGUGGCGAGAUUACCUCCAACUUGGUACAGUUGUUGAGCGUCUGGGACAUCCUGUGAUGCACAAGGAGGACUUUCCACAGCGCCUACCUGCGGUGCACAUCCAGAAGGUUGCAUCGCUCUCGAAUAACGCGAAUAACGAAAGACGCAUCACCCCAAGCAGUUCAGGAAGCAGCAUCUCAACAACCUCGACCAGUAGACCUGCCAGUGUCUCCAAUCGGAGCUCACGGGACGGUUGUGGAUUUUGUAAACAGAACGGAGAAACUUCGGAUGUCUACCUCGGCCACAAAUUGAAAGCAAGAGACGGCAAGGUAAUUUGCCCCAUUCUGAGAAGCUACGUCUGCCCUACGUGUGAGGCAACGGGGGAUAAAGCACACACCCGUCGUUAUUGCCCUUUCGGAAAUGAGUGACUGAACGUGGACUGGCGAAUACAGCAUUGUAUGUACAAAUGUUCUCUUGUUUGUUGUUCUUGUGUUAGUGUUCGAUGGUCUGAUGUUCUUGUUUGUGGUUCUCGUGUUAGUGUUCGAUCAUGGUCUGUUUUUUACUGUACGGAGCCUAUGUGUAGGCCUAAUAUCAGAGAGUGUUUUCGUAAAUAUUUUUGCACACGACAAAGGGAUUAAAAGAAACUUGACUAAUAU